ACACACACACACACACACACAAUCACACACAUACACUCACACACACACACACACACACACACUGUACAUCUGUUAAUAUUAAUUUAAAACCAACAAACAAACGACGUACAAAGAUAUGUUGUAAAAACGUUUUCCUAAUGUUCCAGUUAAGUUACGCUCACUUUUGAACAUUAAGGGCAAAAAGCGUCCUUUUUAAUGUUUAGAUUACUCAGAGACGUUUGUUGUCGUUCUCUGAAGCCUCUAGUAACAUUUCAGGAACGUUAGACGAAUGUCGCUUUAAAACCUUUCAGAAAUAAAACGUUCCAUAUAUGUUUAUCCGAGAACAUUGAGAUAACGUUGAAGGGACAUUGUAUUAACGUAGAAUCACGCUGUUCGCCGAGAGAGACCCUUCCAGAGGGGCAUGUUGUCACACACUUACAGUCAAUGAUUAUAGAAGUAUUUAAUAAACAGUAAUAAGGUGAACUGGGUCUAACUCGUCCCACUUUCACUGACGCUGUUUGGUCGAGCGGAUGAUUCUCAGUGAACUCAUGUUCAUCUUCACUCAGGCGUUUAAUAAUAAGAAUCAGAAUAAUCAUCACGAUUGAGGAUUAAAGUCCCCGCGGCCUCAGAAGCCUGGAAAACUGCAGAGCGCCUGAUGUUUGAGUUUAAUGGAGCCUGAAAACACGGCGUUAAAGCCUUCGCUCGCUCACCUGAGGCCGAGUCGUGUUCGUGAGCCGAGCGAGAGAUGGACGGAACGGAGAACGAGCGAAGGCCCUGAGAACGAGAGACAUGUCUGAGAUCCUGACGGCGGACGCCAUCCUCUUCGGCCUGCUCGUGUUCUCCGGCAUCCUCGGAAACAUCCUGGUCAUCAACGUGGUGUUCCAGUGCUCUAAAGAGAACUCCUUGCGGCACCUGCCCCCGUCCGACACCAUCCUGGUGAACCUGUGCAUGGCGAACCUGCUGACGUCUCUCUUCCGGACCGUGCCCAUCUUCGUGUCAGAUCUGGGUCUGGAGGUGUCUCUGUCGCCCGGCUGGUGCCGUGUCUUCAUGCUGCUGUGGGUGUGGUGGCGUGCGGUGGGCUGCUGGGUCACGCUGGCCCUCAGCGCCUUCCACUGCGUCACCCUGCGGCGGCAGCACGUCAGCAUGGGUGCUCUGGGCCAGCAGCGCGAGCGCCGGCGCGUCUGGGGCGUCCUGGCCGUGGUCUGGGGCGUCAACCUGCUGUUCUCGCUGCCGGCGCUGGUCUUCACGACGCACGUGCGAGGAAACGCCACGGUGGAGCUGAUGGUGAUCAGCUGCACCACUCGCCCGCUGCUGGGCUGCGUCUGGGAGUUUCCCACCGAGCAGCAGGGCUACGCCUUCGCCUCCACCUCGCUGGCGCUCAACGAGGUCAUGCCGCUCGUCCUGAUGGUCGCGACCAAUUUGGCGACGCUGCACUCGCUGGCCAAACACAUCCGGGCGGUCACGGCGGGCGGCGGCGGCGCGGCGGAGCUGGACCGGCACGUGUCCAGCGAGAGGAAGGCGGGUCACGUGAUCGCGGCCCUGGUCGCGCUGUUCGUGGGCUGCUGGGUGCUGCAGGUCGCCGCGGUCACGUACUACAACCACAACGGCGGGAAGCACGCGGAGGGACUGCUGACCGUCGCGCAUUUCUCCGCGUCGCUCUUCGUGGGCUUCAGUCCGCUGGUGGUGGCGCUCGGACACGGGAAGCUGCGCCGGAAAAUUAGCGCCAUGAUGCAGCGGUGGACGCAGUUGAGCAAACGGCCGCGAGCGGACGACGACGCGCUGAAAGACGCGACUGUCGCGAAAACCGCACAGAGCGGGAAAACGUGACGUACGAAGAUCAGAUCACGUGUGACUUCUCAGGACUCAGAGAUGAAUGUUUAUUUGAAGUACUGUCACUUUUGGUCAACUGUAGAACUCUUUUUUUGCCACUGAAUAAAAAAAAUGUCAUUUUUUAUCUCACAAUUCUGAUCUUUCUUUUGACUGAAUUGGGAGAUAUAAACUCCAUAACAAUAUCGAGUGGCACUGUUUUCAACAUUGAUAAUAAUCAGAAAUGUUUGUUGUAUAUUAUUCUGAUUUCUGAAGAGCAUGUGACGCUGAAGACUGGAGGAAUGAUGCUGAAA